CCGUCUGAGCUCAUUUCCUCCGCGCCCCGAUGGAGCGGUGACCCGGAGCGGUGACCCGGUACCGCUUCCAGCACGGACUACAGCUCCCGGCCUGCCCCGCGUCCGUUGCGGGGUUCUCAGAGGCCGCUCCGCUCCGGUCCCGUCAGGGUCCCCGCAGUUCCCCGUGCCCGCCGGGGCGAUGGCGCAGGCGGCGCUGGGCGCUGCGGGUCUCCAUUUCGAUGAUCUGAACAAGCUGCGGGUGCUGGACCCGGAGGCGGCGCAGCAGACGGCGCAGCUCCGCGAGGAGUGCAGGGACUUCCUCGACAAAAUAGUAGAAUUUCAAAAAAUAGUGGGAAGCUUAAUUGAACUUGUUGAUCAACUGGCAAAGGCUGCAGAGAGUGAGAAGAUGAAGGCCAUCGGGGCACGGAACCUGCUCAAGUCUAUAGCAAAGCAGAGAGAAGCUCAGGAGCAGCAGCUGCAGGCUUUAAUAGCUGAGAAAAAGAUGCAGCUGGAAAGGUACCGAACAGAGUAUGAGACUCUGUGUAAGAUUGAAGCAGACCAGAAUGAAUUCAUUGACCAAUUCAUUUUUCAAAAAUAAGAGGAAUUUUUUCAGAUAAAACCAAACUAACUUGGAAACUUGAUCAUUCCAGAAUCUUGGGGGAAUUUAAAAAAUAUGCAAUUUUUCACUGUGUAUGACUGAAGAGAUGGUUUAUACAAAUGGAAGUGUCUCAGCUCAAAGUGAAUUACACUAAGAGAGGCAAUAAGGAAGAUGCAAAGACUGUUCUGUCCUUUGAUUUUAUAAAAAGUUUUGUACAGUUCUAAUUCAGAUUAUAAUUGAAUUAAUG